AUGGCCGUCCGACUUGCUCAUCAUGGCCGACAAAAAGCUAGAUCAUCGGAGUACAUCGAGCACCGUCAGUGCCCUCCUCUCCUCCAAGACAUCAUCAGCGUCAAGGGAGAGCACGGAUCGACCUGCAUCAUAUCUUGCGCCGACAUGCGAGUCGACCCGAGAGACUUCUGCGGUCUCCAACUCGGAGAGGCCAAGGUCAUCCGCAAUGCCGGCGGCCGUACUUUCGACGCCAAACGGAGCCUUGCCGUCAUGGGGACUAUCGCCCCCCUGGCCAUGAUCGUCGUCACUGCGGCGGGCUGUGCACAACUGAUGAACAAGUCCAUCUUCGGCUCAGAGAGCGAGCCCCUUCCCACGCGCACGAGAUCAAAUAUGCGAUUUGGCACCUUUUUCUCCAUCGACGAGAGUCUUCGUCAGGACGUGGCAGAAUCAAAAAUUGGCACUUUUUGGCCAAGGACGCAGAUCGUGGGGUAUGCGGUUGACAUUGUCACGGGCGAAAUCCACGAGGUUGUUCCCUGA